AUGGCUUUCGGGAAGGCUCCGAAGGACCCUUUCGGCACCGCCGUGGGCAGCCUGGUCGACCGGGCGACGUUUGGAGCGCUGCAGACGGAGGAGUGGGGACAGUUCAUGCACAUCUGCGACGUGAUCAACGCGACGGAGGAGGGGCCUAAAGAUGCAGUUAAAGCGCUAAAGAAAAAGCUUUCAAAAAACUGUAACCAUAAGGAGAUCAGGCUUACCCUGUCUCUGCUUGACAUGUGUAUAGAGAACUGUGGCCCAAGAUUCCAGUCUUUAGUUGUGAAGAAAGACUUCUGCAAAGACAAGCUGGUGAAACUCCUGAAUCCAAGAUACAAUCUGCCAACUGACAUGCAGGAGAAAAUCUUGACCUUUAUCAUGACGUGGGCCCGAGGUUUCCAAGGAAUGGUGGAUGUGAGCGAAGUAAAAGAAGUUUAUCUAGAAUUGCUGAAGAAAGGAGUGGAGUUUCCAUCUUCUGACACCAGCAGAGGGGGACCUAAGACUUCAUCUCAGCCUUCUACAAAGUCAUCACCAUCUUCUGCUAAUCCUGCAAAACGUUCUUUACUGCCUCUUCCCACAGGCCCAACGUUAUUGUUGACUCCUGAGCAGAUUGGGAAACUGUACAGUGAACUGGAUAUGGCAAAAAUGAAUGUGAGAGUCAUGUCAUCGAUAUUAAAAGAAAAUGUUCCUGGCUCUGAAAAUCCAGAUGAUAUGAAUCUUUUACAGAAACUGUAUAAGACCUGUCGGAUGAUGCAGGAGAGGAUCAUGGAAUUGUUGGUGACAGUGGAGAAUGAAGAUGUGAUAGUUGAGUUAAUACAAGUAAAUGAAGAUCUGAAUAAUGUCCUCCUGGGACAUGAAAGGUUCUCUCGAAACAGAGUUCGUUUUUUGGAGAAUCAGAGAAUACAACGUGAACGCACAGAGCUGUACAGGAAACAGCCAUCUGCUCCCUCAAGUGAUCUACUCGACCUCUCCAUAGAUUCUCCAUCUUGUGUGUCAACCGUGGUGCAAACUGACUCUGCAAUGUCUCCUUCAGGCCUUAAUUGCAUAUCUGCACACCCUGAAGAUAAAAUCGGGCAUCAUCCAUCAAUUUAUCCACAGCUAGAUUUAGCAACUACUACAAAAGCUCAGCAAUUCCCAUUUGCAACUGAAGCACAAAAAAAUAGUGUAAGCAACCCAGCUGGACAUUCAUAUAGCAAUUUGGCGGCUCUUUUAAGCCCAGUGCCUCUGAAUCCAGUAAAUGUGCAGACUGGACAUUCUACAUCAUUAAAUGGACCGUCACCAGCAGCUGCAUCAAAGAACAAGUCACAAUCACCUCAUUACUACGAGAUAAUGGAAUUUGAUCCCUUGGCUCCCACUGAAGCUGUUUAUGAAGAAAUUGAUGUCGUGCUGAAGACAGAAGUUAAAAAGAAUACAGAAUGCUGAAGGUGGAGGUGAAGUCUUUUACUGAACACACGUUAUUCUCUGAUGCUGGUCCUGUGCAGUGCUUCCUAUAACGUACAAGUGAAUAACAGAACAGGUUUCAUAUUUUGACACAACAAACAAGAAGUAUUGGAAUACUAAGCUGUGUGGAAGUUGAAGAGUUACCUGGAUCUACACCUUGAUAAUUUGUCCUAAAUGUUCAACUGUGUAUUCUUCAAGGCGACUUGCAUGAUUAUUUUUAAAGUAUUUUUGGGGCCUUUAAAAUACAAUUUCCAAAUUCACCUGCAUAUGAAGUAACAGUUGACACCUGACACAAGUAAACAAAAAGGAUUCUUGCAACUAUAGCAGAAAGUUUUUCUUCCAAGUUAACCAUUCCUUUGUAUUGCUUUACCCCUUUAUGCAGCAAACAAAACAGAAGGUUACGUUUAUGGAAACUGCAGAAUCUAGUUUCUGUUUUGGUCUCGUUGCUGUCUGUGUUAAUCUCCCUACAAAUUUAUAAGGGGGUUUUGAUACGUAGGACUUUUCUAAAAUUGGGCCUCUUGAUAGAUGUCUGAAGACAUGCCGUGUUACUUGCCUACAUUCAUAUUCUGAACACAGAUUUUUUUUUUUUUUUCCUUCCUAAAAGCCCACAAUGUAGUUGGAUUUUUGUCUUGGUAAGAACCUGAGCUGGGACAUGAGGUGCUGUCAUCCAUGCUUAACAGAACAGGAAAAACCCUGCUUGUUCCUAUGUUGUUGUUGCUUUUCUUUACUCAGUAAAUAUUGGAGGGAGAUCAAUCAUUUCUUUCAAUGUUCCUGCCCUGCAGAGAUUGUUGUUCUGGUGAAGGAAAAAAUAAUCAUCUACAAUGCAGAUGAGCAAUAGUUAUCCAUUUAUUUUAAUCAAGUUGUUUAACUCUGUUAAUAACAGUUUUAUCUUGUAAUAAUUAAAGUGCCUUAUCUAUUUUAAUGCUGAAUGUAAAAUGUGCACUUUAACAGGUAUAGUUCUCUGAAUUUAUAAUUGAUAUAAAAUUUGAGAACUUAGUUCAUGUUCAUAGCUGAUAAGCUAAUUUUUUGUGAAAUACUGCAUUUUAAAUGUUCAUUAUGUUAACUGUUUAAGUGAUAAGUUCUCAGUCGGUUUUGCAAUUUUUGUAGCAUGAAAUUCCUAAUAAAAGCAAAUGCUUACUGAGAAGUUUA